AAUCCGGUACCGAAAGGAUUGUGCCCGCGGAAUUCUGUGGAGCGUGUGCGAAGUUGCCAUUAUUUGCCGCCGUCGGUGUGCAUGUCGUGCCGUAUGCGGUGUCAUCACGUCGCCGCAUACGCUGCUGUUCCGUGAACGAAGCAGAUCGAAUCCCGUGUCCGUCGCGAUUCCGGUUUCCCGCCGCAGAUAGCAGCAUCGCUCAGUGCCUGGAAAGCAGCACCUACGCGAAAACCGCGUGUCCGGGCUCUUUGUGCGGUUUUGCACGCUUGUGUGUUUUGCGUUUCCAGUUCCGUGACGGAGCGGCCCAACACCAAUUCUCGGUGGAAUCGAUUGCACCGCGAAAGUUCGACGGAAGCCUGUGUGCGUCUGUGCCUGGGUGCGUGCGUGUGUGGUGCAAUAUCAAAUCAGUUGCUGGCCGUGCUUUCCGCGACUGCCACUGGAAGCAAAACUGCCAGCACAUAAGUGAAUUAAUAAUCGUCUCUCUCGCGGGGUUUGCCAUUCCGAAACAGUGUCUUCGCAGGUGGCAGUGCGGUACUCUGAAGAAAAAGAGAUUUUAGGUUAGGAACGUGCAAGGGUGACCGACCGGCGAUAAAAAAUGGAUACCGUCAAAAUAGCGGAGUUGCUGCGGGCCACCAUCGAGCCGACGCAGCGAUUGCAGGCCGAGGAGCAGCUGAACCAGGUACACAAAAUCAUCGGCUUCCUGCCCAGCCUGAUGCAGGUGAUCAUGCAGAACGAGUUGGAUAUGCCGGUCCGGCUGGCGGGCGCUAUCUACCUGAAGAACCUCGUCAACAGCAGCUGGCAGGAUCGGGAGGCGGAAGGGGCCGGUCUUCCGAUUCCGUUCGCCAUUCACGAGCAAGAUCGUGCGAUGGUGCGUGAUACGAUUGUGGAAGCGAUCGUGCACGUACCGGCGGACGUGAUCAAGGUGCAGCUAUGCUUCUGCCUCAGCCACAUCAUCAAGAACGAUUUCCCCGGCCGGUGGACGCAGGUGGUGGACAAGGUGAGCCUGUGUUUGCAGAACAGCGAUCCAAAUGCGUGGCACGGGGCCCUACUGUGCAUGUACCAGCUGGUCAAGCACUACGAGUACAAGAAGUCAUCCGAGCGCGGCCCCUUGACCGAGGCGAUGAACCUGCUGCUGCCGCAGAUCUACAACAUCAUGAUGAACGUGAUCAACGAACCGUCGGAGCAGAGCGUCCUGCUGCAGAAGCAAAUCCUGAAGAUCUUCUACGCCCUCACGCAGUACUCGCUGCCACUGGAGGUGAUCAGUAGGGAUGUGUUUUCCAGCUGGAUGGAAAUCUGCCGCCAAAUUCUCGACCGCCCGGCACCCGAUCCUACGCACAUCGAGGAAGAGGAGCGACCGCAGAUGCCUUGGUGGAAGACGAAAAAAUGGGCCUCGCACAUCAUCUUGCGCAUGUUCGAACGGUACGGCAGCCCGGGCAACGUCAUUUCGAAGGAGUACAAAGAGUUUGCCGAUUGGUUCCUGCAGACGUUCACCAGCGGUCUGCUAACGGUUCUCCUCAAGAUACUCGAUCAGUACCGCAAUAAGCUCUAUGUGUCGCCCCGUGUCAUGACGAAUACGCUCGACUACAUCAAGACGGCGGUGUCGCAUGCCUUCUCGUGGAAGAUGCUGAAGCCGCACAUGCUGGCGAUCAUCCGCGACGUGAUCUUCCCGCUGAUGUCGUACAGUGACGCCGACGAGGAGCUCUGGGAGAGCGAUCCGAUCGAGUAUAUUCGCAAAAAGUUCGACGUGUUCGACGACUUCGUGUCGCCGGUCCAGUCGGCCGAGAUGCUGCUGCACAAUUGCUGCAAAACGCGCAAAGGCAUCCUGACGCAGGUGAUGCAGAUCAUUAUGCAGAUCAUCAACACACCCAAUCUGGGCCACAAGGAGAAAGACGGUGCACUGCACAUGGUCGGCUCGUUGGCGGAGGUGCUGUUGCGGAAAAAGAUCUUCAAGGAGCAAGUCGAGCAGCUGCUGAUGCAAUACGUGUUUCCGGAGUUUGGCAGCCCACACGGGCACCUGCGGGCCCGGGCCUGUUGGGUGAUGCACUACUUCAGCGAUAUAAAGCUCAAGAAUCCCCAGGUUCUGGAGCAAAUUAUGCGCUACCUCAGCAACGCGCUUCUCACCGACAAGGACCUGCCGGUGAAGGUGGAAGCUGCGGUCUCCAUGCAAAUGUUCCUCAUCUCGCAGGAUGAGGCCGCACCAUUCUUGAGCACACAGAUCAAGGAGAUCACGAUGGAGCUGCUGAAGAUUAUACGCGAAACGGAAAACGAAGAGCUGACUACCGUCCUGCAGAAGAUCGUGUGCACCUACUCGGACCAGCUGCCACCGAUCGCGAUCGACAUCUGUCAGCAUCUGGCGACCACCUUCAGUCAGGUGCUGGAAACGGACGAAAGUGGUGACGAGAAGGCAAUCACAGCGAUGGGAUUGCUCAGUACGAUGGAGACCCUGCUGGCGGUGAUGGACGAACAUCCGGCGGUACUGGCCUCGCUACACCCGAUCGUGCUGCAAGUGAUCGGGCACGUGCUGCAGCAAAACGUGUUUGAAUUCUACGAGGAAGCAUUUGCGCUUGUGUGCGACCUAACCUUGAAGAGCAUCUCGCCCGACAUGUGGAAGCUACUCGAGAUUAUCUAUGAGUUGUUCCAGAAGAAUGGGGCCGAUUACUUCGUUGACAUGAUGCCAGCGUUGCACAAUUAUAUCACCGUCGACACUCCCGCCUUCCUGUCCAACCAGAACCACGUGAUCGCGAUGUACAAUAUGUGCAAGUCGAUACUGACCAGCAGCACGACGGAAGAGUCGGAGUGCAGUGCGGCCAAGCUGCUCGAGGUUAUCAUUCUGCAGUGCAAGGGACACAUUGACGAUUUCAUACCAAGCUUCGUCGAGCUGGCGCUGAUGCGGCUGACGCGAGAGGUGAAAACUUCCGAGCUGCGAACGAUGUGCUUACAGGUGGUUAUAGCAGCGAUCUACUACAACCCCACCCUGUUGUUAGAAAUACUGGAAAAGUUUCCGAACCCGGCGCCCAAUUCCUCUAUCACUGCUCACUUCAUCCGGCAAUGGCUGCACGAUUACGAUUGCUUCCUUGGUAUCCAUGAUCGUAAACUUUGCAUCAUCGGGCUGUGCACUUUGCUGUCGCUGGGCGAUCGGAAGCCGACGGUGCUGAGCGAACUACCGGACAAGAUCAUUCCAACGAUGCUGAUGGUGUUCGAUGGGUUGAAGCGUGCGUACGCUGCCCGUGCAUCCGAAGGCGAAGAGGAGGAAAGCGAAGACGAAAGUGAAGACCUGGAGGACGGACUUUCGAGUGACGAAGACGAUGUGGACGAAAUGAACCCAUACUUCAAGAACGUGUCGAAGAUGGUGCAAGAUAAGAGUGCGGAGGCCGGCUUCGAGAUAACGGCUUCGAUUCAGGACGCCGAUAGUGAUGAGGAUGACGACGACGAAGAUGACGAUACCGAAGAUGGUGAUGAGAUUGAUGAAACAGCGCUGGAAGGCUACACGACACCGUUGGACGAUGAGGACAAUCCGAACGCAGUGGAUGAGUACAUCCUGUUCCAGGAUGUUAUGAACAAUCUUCCCAACACGGAUCCGGCCUGGUAUACAAUGCUUACCAGAAAUUUGAACGCUUCAGAGCAAAAGAACCUGCAAGAGGUACUCGUGCUGGCGAAUCAGAAGAAGGAAGCGAAACGAUCGAAGCAAAUCGCGGAACAGAACAGCGCAGCAGGAUAUCAGUUCACUCAACAUCAAAUUCCCAGCAGCUUUAGCUUCAGCGGUGGCCAGCCUCCGCAGCAGUAGUAGCGGAGAGAGCGCCCUUGUUUCGAAGUAGAAUUUUUCGAACGGUUUCCACUCGCCAGUGGCACCUCUGCAUUCAUUGUAAUGGAAAAAACAACAUAAUCCACCACACGCCUCUAGCGGCUUCGAAACAGAACGAACGAGAACGAGCAACCAGUACACGGUUUUAAAAUGCUUUAUUUAUACGCUUAGUUCUAUCAGCAGCAGCAGCAGCAGCAGCAGCAGCAGGAGCAGCCGCCACAAUAUUGUUUACGACGUUACAGAGGGAUAACUAAAAGAACACACCACCACGAUCCUCGAAACAGCCAAUUUCUGCUUUACUUUUUCUUUUCAAAAUAAUAAACCUGUUGUGUGCAUGCGUGUAACGGAAGUGUAAAGCUAUGCGCUCGCGUACGCGCGCGCGGUUCAAGAAAAUCGAAACACAAAACACAAUAAAUGUUGGAUAUUAAACUCAGCUUAGCUUCGUCUCCGAGCAGUGCCGGUACCGGGAAUUAGUUAGUCCACCGUUCUAGUAGAUGGAUUUUUGUGGGGUUACAUUGAUCUGUGAAAGCGGCAGGGAAAAUGGUUCCAGUCGCUCGACGACGGAGCUCGGCAUUCAGUUGGUGAUGGUAUGGAUCCGAAAACAAGCGGGAAGUGGGUUUGUCGUUGGGCAUUAAUGUGCCACAACGCUGCCCAUAGCGUUGCUAGCAACCGAAGGCUUUAUUCUGUGAUGCUCUCGAUUAAAGACGCAUAAAAGUGUUUCAUAUUAGCGCUUUGGAGACCUGUUUUUCCAUAGCCUAUUUUCGGAAUCGUUCGGUAUAUUGCAGCAUAUCAGUCCGUUGUUGCAGCUUGUUGUGAUAGUAGGGAUUUAAUGGGUAAUACUUGUGAAUGGUGGGCAUUUGGUGUAUGAGUGUUUCCGCCCACAAGCCCCAACUGUAACAGGAAUUGGCUUAUUGGCCACCGAUCUCCCAGUAGCUUCAUCCGAUGAACCAAAUGAAAGCCCAAUCGUUCCGUCGCUGUGUUGACACACAAGCCAUGUUUAAUCGAUGAAAGACCCUGGUUGUGAGAUGAAACUGCAAAAAACGAAAGAUAGAAACACGCAAUGCACGCAACAAACAAUUUGCAACUCAGAAACGAUAGCGAAAGCCAACACAACGAAUCGAGCAUUUAUCGCCGCGUUACCUUUCAGGGCCAUAGAAAUACGAAACCCAGUGACAAGCUUGGAGCGAUCGAAAUAAGAUUGUAGCAAAGGAAACUAAAUAUUUAUGAGGUGAGAAACAGGAGCCGAAAUUAGAGGCGAAAGUGACGACAAGAAAAUAUAUAUUGAUUAUAAACGA